AUGCCCCUCGACCAGACAUACAUAAAACCCCUAGCCUACCUAGGCCUCCUAACCCUCACCAAAACCCUCCUAACCCUGACCCGCCAAGCAACAACCUACCUCCUCCCCAGCACCCUCCGCAAAACCUACAACCCAACCCAAACAAACUGGGCCUUCGUCACCGGCGCCACAGACGGAAUCGGCUUCGGCUUCGCCCAAGAACUCUGCUUACGAGGCUUCAACGUCAUAUUACACGGCCGCAACGCCCAGAAACUCGCUCGUCGGCGCGACGAGCUCCUCGCCCAAUUCCCGAACUCACAUGUCGGGGUCAUUGUUCGCGAUGCGCAGACUCUUAGCGCGGACAUCGACCAUGUCGAGCAGGAAGUGCGCGAUAUUAUCGGCGCUGCUGGUCCGGGGACUGGGACGUUGACGGUGCUGGUUAAUAAUGUCGGUGGGGAGGUGAAACCUGUUACGUUGUUGAGGGAAUACUCGUUUGAGGAUGUGCAGAGGACUAUUUCCUGUAAUGCGGCGUUUGCGAUUCAGAUUACCCGUGUGCUGGUGCGACUGCUGGAGGAGAGUGAUGCGGGGCUUGUGUUAAAUGUUUCUUCGCUUGCGGCGUUUGGGAUGCCGUAUCUUAGUGCUUAUGCUGCGUCUAAGGGGUUUGUGGACUCGUUUACGAAGUCGUUAAGGGCGGAGUUUAAGGCGGAGGGAAAGAAGGUUGAGGUUAUGGGGUUGCGCGUUGCGGAGGUGAGCACGGCUGGGUAUGAUGUUAAGAAGACUUUGUUUGUUCCUGAGGGGAGGGUUUUGGCGGCGGCGGCGUUGGAUCGGGUGGGCUGUGGGCAGGAGAUUGUGUGGGCUUAUUUCUGGCAUUGGUUGCAGGGGCUGUCGUUUGAGUAUUUGCCGCGUUCCGUGUUGAUGAAAGUUGCCGGGAUGAAGUUGAAGGCGCUUAGGGCGGAUUUAGAUGCUAAGGCGAAGACGAGCUGA